AGCUGCUAAAAUAGUGAGCCAUGGCGGAGUUUGUAGGCACACAGAAAAGACUACCAAAGAGUUGGUACAGUUUGCAACAUGUAGGAAAAACUUAAUUCAAAAGGAAGGUCGUUUUCUUUGGGGGAAAUGUAAAGAGGACCGCUUCAACGCUGAGCGUCUACGCCAGGAGGACUAACAGUAGGACUAAACACGCUCACGGAAAAUGUAUUGCCAUUUCUUAGUUCAGCCAGCGUUUGGCAACAAAUAUGGCUACUUGUGUCUGCUGCGCUUCGCGUUGAAAACCAUCCCAGAAAGGCUUUGCAGCUCGUUCUCACGGACUUCCAGCACUCCCGAGUGAACUUUAUGCUCGGGAAGAAUUUGAUCACGCAUUUGUUUCUCAGCGACCAGCUCCUGACGCGAGAGAAGCGGGCUGAAAUGGAGUCCAAACACAAGGAGUUGUUGGAGAAAUGUUACCAGAACUUAAUGGAGUCAAUAACCGAUGCAGACGCUGUGGUGGGUGUUUUGGCACAUUCUGGCACUCUCAGCCAAUCGGAACGCUACGAAUUGGAGCACAACUGUACCUCAAACUCGGAGAAGGUAGACCUUCUCUUGAAGAUGCUGAUAAGUAAAGAGAGAGACCAUUUCCGAGAUCUGUGCACGGCUCUGGAGAAGACCCACCCUCACCUGAGUUCUGUUCUGUUUAAUGGCACUGGACCUGUCGAUCACAGUUCUGGCUCCACCUACAGUGUCUUGUCCACAAUGCCGUCGGACUCGGAGAGCAGUAGCUCCCUCAGCAGCCUGGCCUCCUCGCCGCCGCCCAGCCACACGGAGAUCCACGGCGUCCUCACGCGGGAGAACAUGGAGACGGUGCUGUUCCAGCUGAAGCAAGUGACCCGGGAGCGGGAUGACCUGCGCAAGAGGCUGGCCCUCUCCUCGCCCGGGACCACCUUUGACGACUGCAGACCCCACUCCAGGUCGGGCCAGGACUACGAACGCCUCAAGAUGCAGUGCAUGAAGGCCAUGGCGGACCUGCAGUCCCUUCAGAACCAGCACAGCUCCACCCUCAAGAGAUGUGAGGAGGCCGUGAAGAAGGCAGAUUUCUACCACACACUGCACGGCCGGCUGGCGAGCGAGCAGGCCCAGCUGAAGGAGGAGACGGAGGCGCUGCGGCUGGACAACAUGCAGCUGCUGCGGGAGCACGGCCACAGCACGCAGGCCUGCGACGAGCUGCGGCGGCUGCGGCAGGGCGACCUGCGGGACGCCGCCGACAUGAGGACGCUGCACCAGCAGGUGAUGCGCGAGGGCUCGUCGGACGUCCUCAGCAAGCUGUACGACGCCACGGCGGAGAAGCUGGCGGCGGCGCGGCGCGACUACGAGGCGCUGCGCAAGCGCUACGGCGAGCAGACGGCGAGCCACAACGCCGACCUGGGCCGCCUGGCGCAGGCUGACGGGGAGAACCAGCGGCUGCAGGCGCAGCUGGACGCGCUGCUGCAGCAGAGGGACGCCGCCGUGCACCGCCAGCAGCAGUACUCCUCGACCGGGAGGAGGUACGACACGGUGCAGCAGGAGCUGGCCGCUGCGGCGGCCCAGAACAAGGAGCUGCAGCGGGAGACGGAGCGGCUGCAGGCGGAGGCCACGCGCCUCAAGACCCAGCAGCUGAAGGCGGCCAAGGACUGCGACAAGUACAAGGAGGAGCGGGACUCGGUGUUCAGCGAGUACCGGCUCAUCAUGAGCGAGCGGGACCAGGUGAUCAAGGAGGUGGACAAGCUGCAGACCGGCCUGGAGCUGGCCGAGGCCCGGCUGAAGAACACCUCGUCGGAGAGGCGCGUGGCCGGCGACGAGCUGGAGGCGCUCAGACAGGAGCUGGGCUCGGCGCUGGCGGAGCGCGACCGGGCGGUGUGCGAGCGCAACGAGCUGCGGGACAAGUGCUGCCACGAGGCCAAGGACAAGUCGGAGGCCCGGGAGGAGCUGGGCCAGGCCUGCAAGGAGGCGGAGACGGCCCGGGAGGAGCGCGACGUCGCCCGCAAGGAGCGCACCGAGGCCAUCGUGCAGCGCGACCAGCUGCUGCGCGAGUACUACCAGGCCCGACAGAAACAGGACUCUCUCAGCCUGGACAUGGAGCGGGCCACCAAGGAGAUGGAGGUGCUGAGGAAGCAGCACGAGGCCGUGUCCCAGGAGCUGAAGGAGGCGUCGCAGGAGGCGGAGGUGGCCAAGUGCAGGCGGGACUGGGCCUUCCAGGAGCGGGACAAGAUGGUGGCCGAGAGGGAGAGCAUACGCACCCUGUGUGACAACCUGCGGAGGGAGCGGGACCGGGCGGUCAGCGACCUGGCCGACGCCCUGAGGAACCUGGACGACACCAGGAAGCAGAAGAACGACGCCGCGCGCGAACUCAAGGAGCUCAAGGAGAAGGUGGAGGACCAGCUGGAGAAGGAGGCCCGCUUCCGCCAGCUGAUGGCCCACAGCUCGCACGACUCGGCCAUCGACACUGACUCCAUGGAGUGGGAGACGGAGGUGGUGGAGUUUGAGAAGGACCGGGAUGACAUGGACUUGAAAGCGCUCGGCUUUGACAUCGCUGAGGGGGUGAGCGACCCGUACCUACCAGGAGACUGUGGUAUAUUUGUGAGCAGGGUGGACAAAGGAAGUGUUGCAGAAGGAAGACUGAGGGUGAAUGAUUGGCUGCUGAAGAUUAACGACGUGGACCUAGCAAAUAAGGACAGGAAGCAAGUGAUCAAGGCGGUGCUAGGCGUGGAGGGGGUGAUUAAUAUGGUGGUGCGGCGGAGGAGGUCCCUGGGCGCGCGCGUCAUCACGCCCGUGCAGCUCAGCCUGGUCGGCCACAAAGACAGCGGUAUAGGUCUGGAGAGUGGUGUGUUUGUGGCUGGGAUUACCCCCGGCAGCCCCGCGGCCAAGGACAGCUCUCUCACACCCGGGGAUAGACUGCUAGCAAUAAAUGGCAUCGCCGUGGACAACAAGUCUCUCUCUGACUGUGAAGCUCUGCUGAGGAGCUGUCGUGACACCCUCAGCAUCUCUCUCAUGAAGUUCCAUCCCCACAGCUGCUCGGGCCAGAGCCUGCUGUCCGACUGCGACCGCAGCCCGGGGGGCCGGCCCCAGUCCUGUGAGAUCCACGCCCGGAGCUGCCGUCACCCCAAGCACAACAACUCCACCCAGACGGACAUCUACAGCCCCGACGGUCCGGUCGCAGGGCCGGACGGGCCCCGCCGAGACCCUCCGGCCGACGGCUUCCUCAGCAGCCCCCCUCCCUAUCACCUCAAACCCUCCCCCAGCAGCUCCCUGCACUCCCACCCGCUGGCCCCGCGCGGGGACCCCCCGGCGGCCCCGGAGCCCCACCCAGACUACUGCUGCCGGAGGCCCGAACUCCUCCUCCACCACCACCACCACCACCAACACCCCCGCCGAGACCCCGCCUUCAGCCCUCCGCCUCCCGGGGACGGCCCCCCGGACCCGGCCUGUCCGGGCGGCGGCGGCGGCGGCGGCGGAGGGGGGCAGAGCCCCCCCCCGACGGAGAAGCCCAGCGGGGGCACCUGGCCCAAGGUGGUGGGCGGCGGCGGGACCGCCGUGUCGGAGUUCGCCCAGCUCUCCAUCUUCAAGAGGCCCAAGCCGCGGAAGUCCAUCUUCGACGUGGACGCCUUCAAGAGGCCAGACACUGUGGCGGUGGCGGCGGCGGCGCCCAAGCUGGACUACCUGUCCCUGUCCCAGCAGCCGCGCCGCUCCCCGCAGAGCCCCGUGUCGGAGGGCCCGGCCCCGCCCACCCCGCCCGCCCGCAGCGACUCGUUCCGCUUCAAGCGGCGGCAUCAGAACAGCUCGGCGUCGGACUCGACCAUCGCCGCCGCGACGCCCCCCGCCUCUCCGGUACCCGCCGCCGCCGCCGCCGCCGCCGCCGCCGGAGGAGCGGCACGGCCCGCCGGCCACCGUCAGCGCUUCUACGGCGUAGACACUCCCACGCUGCCGCCGGACGCCAAGCCGGGCUUCCGGAGGGCCGGCGAGGGCCGCAGGCCGAAGACGGAGGAGCACGAGAGGAAGAGGUACCGGCCUGGGUCGGCGCCGGCUCUGCGGCGCAACGUGACCCCCUUGCACAUCCCCAUCCCCACGCAGGUUCAGAGUUUCUCUAACGACGAGCAUUCCCCCGAGCCCGUGGACCUGGUGCGUUUCUCCCCCAUGCGUUGCCAUCGCUACAGCAUGCCCUUCGUUCCCCCCGGCUACAGCAACACCAUCGCCGCACACCCCCCACAGAGAGACCUGGCUCCGUGCCCCGCCGUCACCGCCGUGAUGAGGAACCCCGUCUACACGGCCUGGAGCCACGAGGUCCAGCCCGGGAACUCCCCCCCUCCGCCCGCCCCCGGCCCCGCCCCGCCCCACCCGCUCCACCCCCUCACCAGCCCCGGCCCCCAGCACCAGAACCACCACAGCCUGGACCUCAGUCAGAAGCACAGAGACGGAGGAGACUUCCCCGAGGGCGGGCACAGCCUGCCGCCAUCGCGCCCGCAACACAGCACCAACUCCCUUCCCUCCGGCGCCCGGCUAGGUUCUUUAAGCACUGCCCAGUUCAGGACGGAGCGCAUCAAGAUCCCCCCCGCCCGCUACCCGCGAUCCGUCGGGUCGGACAGAGGCUCCCUGUCUCACUCGGAGUGCAGCAGCCCCACGCCCCCGCUGUCCCCCGUGCGCCUGGACACGGCGUCCUUCGCCAGCAGCCAAUCACAGGGCUCCAUCGCCGCCCAGGCCAGGAUAUCGGUCAGCCCCGCCCCCAUCGGCGACAGGCGGAAGGAUCGGCCUUACCUGGAAGAGCCUCGCAACGUGAUGGUACAGAAGGGGGCGGAGCCUCUGGGCAUCUCCAUUGUGAGUGGUGAGAGCGGGGGCGUGUUCGUCUCCAAGGUGACCGCCGGCAGCAUCGCCCACCAGGCCAGACUGGAGUACGGAGAUCAACUCCUGGAGUUCAACGGGAUCAACCUGCGCAACGCCAACGAGCAGCAGGCGCGGCUGGUGAUUGGCCAGCAGUGUGACACGGUGACCGUCCUGGCCCAGUACAACCCCCACAUGGUGCAACUGGGGAAUGGCUCGCACUCCGGCUCCUGCCUGGGCUCCAUCAGCAACCAGGCCACGCCAGACGACAGCAGCGCCGGCAGCCCCGACGACGACGACCAGUCGGCCGUGGACACGCUGAGCGAGCCGGAGGACGAGGGCACCAUCACGCCCCCCUCCAGGCAGACCACUCCCGCCACCAGCCCCAGCAGCUCCUUCAGGCUACCAGGCUCCGCCUCCCGCCACGCCCCCACGCCCUCUCGGCUGGUCCGGCUCAAGAGGACCCCCCAGGUGGAGCUGGGGGUGCAGAUCUGUGGGGGGAACCUCUGCGGCAUCUACGUGGAGAGCCUGGACGAGGACAGCCCGGCCAGGGUGCCGGAGGGGCUGCUCCCCGGGGACCUGAUAGUGGAGUUCAACGGCGUCAGCAUGAAGAACAAGACGGUGGAGGAGGCGUACCUGGAGCUGCUGAAGCCGGGCGAGACGGUCACCUUCAAAGUGCAGCACCUGGCCGAGGACCUGACCCUAAUCAAAGAGUUCCCCGGGGACGGGUUCUUCAUACGAGCACUUUACGACCGCGUGGCGGACGGGGAGCAGGAGCUGAGCUUCAAGAAGGACGACAUCCUGUAUGUGGAGGACACGCUGCCCAACGGCAACUUUGGCUACUGGAUGGCCUGGCAGCUGGACGAGCAUGCACGCAAGCUGGAGAAGGGCCAGGUGCCGUCCAAAUACAUGGUGGACCAGGAGUUUUACCGGAGGCACGGGGGCCCCGACACCAAGGACGAGAACGGCGCCGGCAAGAGCCUGUCGGCCGCCGCCCGCCGCUCCUUCUUCCGGCGGCGGCUCAAGCACAAGCGCAGCGGCUCCAAGGACGGCAAGGACCUGGCCGCCCUGGAGGCCUUCAGCACCGACUCCCUGCCCGUCACGGAAGACGGCGUCUGCUUGGCCUACCAGCGGGUUCAGAAGGUGGAGUGCUCCUCCCCCAGACCGGUGCUGGUUCUGGGGCCCCUGGUGGAGGCCAACAAGGACAUGCUGGUGAAGGAGGCCCCUGCUAAGUUCUUCCGUUGUCUCCCUGAGGUGAUGAAGGCCUCGCAGCAGGCCAUCGAGCGGGGCGUGAAGGACUGCGUGUUCAUCGACUACAAGCGCAGGAGUGGCCAUUUUGACGUGACCACCGUGGCGUCCAUCAAGGAGAUCACAGAGAGGGACUGCCACUGUCUGCUUGACAUCGCGCCGCAUGCCAUCGAACGGCUUCACAGCGUCCACAUCUACCCCAUCGUCAUAUUCAUCCGCUACAAAAACGCCAAGCAGAUCAAGGAGCAGAAAGACCCCCAGUAUCUGCGGGAGAAGGUCUCCCAGAAGCAUUCCAAGGAGCAGUUCGAGAGCGCGCAGAAGAUCGAGCAGGACUACAGCCGCUUCUUCACAGGUGUGGUCCAGGGGGGCAGCCUGUCCUACAUCUGCACCCAGAUCCUCACCGUGGUGGAGCAGGAGCAGAGCAAGGUCCUCUGGAUCCCAGAUGGAGCGCCGUAGCACCGCCACCUGCUCCACACACACACACACACACACACACACACACACACACACACACACACACACACACACACACACACACACACACACACACACACACACACACACAGAGACACUAACACACGCACACACACAGAGACACUAACACACGCACACACACAGAGGCUGAGAGAGACGGAGGCGGGGAGAGAGACGCACACAGAGAAACAGACACACACACCCCAGCGGGGUCGGUACGUCUUAGCGGUCGUCAUAAGUGACAGGUCUCCCUCCACACAGCCCCGCAGCAUUAGAAGUAUGAGGUUUGUAAUAGCACUGACGUUACGGACAUGAUAACCCCCACUACAAUAGUGAUGUACUACAGGUAGAUUUUGUUUACACUAGUGUUUUAAUGCGUACUUGAAUGAUUUUCAUCUUUUUCCAUGAACAUUUGGCACUCCUUAAUUCCGCAACCUGUUUUUUGUUCUUUGUGUCUCGGAGGCCGGUGUGCAGCAGUAGACUGUAAUUAAAUGUUAAUCAUAUCAGUCCAUACCUGAAGGUAGAACCUGUGCCGUCUCCACGUCUUUGAUUUAAUACCUUUUGUUGAUUAAUCCAAGCCAAUCGAAGGUAGGUUAUGAAGUCUAUAUAACUAUAUCAAUGUAGCUAUCUUCGAAUAAACGUGUCAAUAUUGUCCGGUGUUCCUGUUUAUAGGGCACAUCUGUGGCGAUUUUACUUAUUUUUUCCUCUUUUUGUUUGUGGCACUGCAAUAUUGUAUUGCCAUCGGUUCUCAGACGUGUAUAGGUUGUGCCAAACAUGUAGGUGUUCACUACACAAUACCUAUACUGCAGUUAUGUUAUCAACGCUUGGAUAUCUGUAAAGCAAUAAUACCACAGGUACGGUAGUCUCACAGUCAGAGGAUAUCCAGCGUGUUACUGAUGUUGGCAAUGUUGACACAAUGUUUUUGCUACUUUUUCUGAAGUGAAUAAUUUAAGAAGGGAUAUUUUAUUUCUGAUUCACAGCAGACAAAGUAUUUACAAUCUCCUCUUUGACGACAAAUCAUUGUCCGCAUUUCAUUUAAUCGGGUUGGAUUUAACGGUCCAUUUCAACUUUGCUCUAAUUUAAUAUUUGUAUCAAAUAUUGUAAAAAAAUAAAUAAAUAUAAUGAACGAAGUC